AUGUUGGAUGCCACUCGGCACCUUGCGUCGCUGGCCCUCCUCCGCCACGUCCUCCACGCCGGCCAUCGGACCAAAAAUUGAUACGUCGAGGAGAUAGUCCCAGGACUGCCCCCGGGAGCGAAGCACUUGUGGAACGAGCGAGCCAGCCCAUCCAGCCGACGAUGGCCCUAUGGGCGAAGAUCCAGGAGCUUCCAGCCGACACCUUCCUCCAGGUCCAGGCCCUCUACCACCCCGACCACUUCCCCAUCGAAGUCCGCCACUACCUCGCCAAUUGGAUCGAAGAGCAGAACUGGUCAGAGAUCGCCCAGGACGGUCCGGGGGAGGAGAGGGCGAGCGCCCUGGUGAGCGCCCUCAUCCGGGAGCUGCAGCGGGCGCAAGGGGCGGUAGAGGGCGCCAACUUCGUCGCGAGGAUCAAGCUUGCGGAAGCCAUCGCCUCGUUCGCCGUGAGCGGGAUUUUCGCCGUCGACGGUCGAAACUUGAAAAAAUAA